CUACAGAUAGCGAACAAGACUUUCGGACACAAUGCCGACUCUCAGUACUGCAGAUCUUGAAAGCUCUCUUGGAGGGCUGGACUUGAACGUUCCAUUGCCACAAUUCGAUGCUGCUAAUGUCCUUGACAACCCACUCGACAUCUGCCGCUCCUAUCUUGCGGAAAUUCUCUGCAGCCUUAUUGAAUGCGACCCUACAGUCGCUUAUAACUCCAUUCAACCAUCCAAUAAUCUUGAAAACGGAGAUUUGGUGAUCAUCCUCCCAAGGCUUUGUCCUGGUGCCAAGGUUAACGAGCUCGGUUUCGAUCUCCAAAAGAAGUUCCCGCCAUGUCCCCUUUUCGGACUUCCGUUCCUAGAUGGUGUUCACCUUCGGAUCAUGCUCAUGCCUGAAACACUCCCUCGUCUCCUACUUCCAUUCAUCAGUGACCGAAAGGAAGCAUAUGGCUGCGACUUAAAUAUCGGCCUAAACGAUUCUCUCCUCCCCGAGAGUGGCCGCAAAAGGCUCGUCAUUGAAUUCUCCUCCCCGACCAUCACGAAAGACUUUGAAGGCAAGCAUCUGCGGAGUACUAUUAUUGGAGCAUGUAUAAGUAAGAUGCAUCAGAUUAUGGGAUGGGAUGUCACCAAGAUCAAUUACCUCGGCGAUUGGGGUAAGCCGAUCGGGUUGUUGGGGGUUGGGUUUGAGAAGUUUGGUUCUGAAGAAGCGCUUCAGGUGGAUCCCAUCGGGCAUCUCCUCCAAGUGAACCACAAAAUUACCGAAGAGUUUGCCCCAGAAGAAGCAGAGCACAAGAGAAUUCGCGAUGAGAAAGGAGACACUGCCGAGCUCGAGAAUCAGGGGCUAUACGCGGAGCGAAACGCGUUCUUCAAGAAAAUGGAAGACAAGAAUGAGGAAGCUUUUGCGUUUUCCAAGCGGGUCCGCGAUCUCAACAUCAACUACUAUACGCAACUCUACGCCCGAUUGGGAAUCAGCUUCGACGAGUAUUCUGGGGAAUCACAAGUAAGCGAGGAUACGAUGAAUGAAAUUGAGAAGUUGUUGAAGGACAAGGGGAUUUGUGAAGAGAAGGAUGGCGCUUUGUUAAUUGACCUGAGGAAACACGGCAUGAAAUCAGGUGCUGGGAUCAUUCGAGACCGCUCUUCUGGAAGUAGCACUUAUCUCCUCCGGGACCUUGCAGCUGUGCUCGAGCGGUCAAGAAAAUUCGAGUUCGAAAAGAUGAUAUUCGUGGUGGCCGCCGAUCACAACGUUCACUUUUCGCGUGUGUGCAAGAUACUGGAGCUUUUAGAUAUGCCUGGGCUCGCCAACAAAGUGCAACACGUCAACUUCAGUGAGGUUUCGAAGAUGAAGGAGAAAUUAGGGGCCGAAUACCAGCCAAACGAGAUUAUCGACCAAUGCCAACUCGCAAUGCUGGAGUCACUGAAGGCUGAAGAAGAAAAAGCCCAACUGCUCGGGGAUUUAGGUGAGGCUGCGAAGAGAAUGGGUAUCAAUGCGCUUCUAGCACAAGAGUUGUCCGCAAGAAGGGGAAAUGAGCAUCCUUUCGACAUUAGCGGGAUGACAUCCUUUAAACCCGGUACAGGCCCGGACCUCCAAUACUGGUAUGCCAAGCUGUGCUCCAUUCUGAAGCAGCAACCUGGGAAUGCCAAACUUUCUACUGAGGAUUAUGAUUCUCUUGCUGAGGAAGACCAUGCCAACCUUUUGCGCGUUCUAGCCCAGUAUCCUGAUGUCACCCAUGCAGCCUACAGAUCCCUUGAGCCGGCAACAAUCAUGGCCUAUCUUGUCAGUGUCACCGAGCAAUUGGCGUUUUGCUUUGAAGAGGCCAAAAACAAUGUAACACCUGCUGAAGCUGCAUUGUAUGAAGCCACUCGACAAGUUCUGGAGAAUGGAAUGAGUCUGCUUGGACUCACUCCCGCAGUACAGGUUGGGCAAGAUCUGUGA